AAAAAAUAAAAAAAAAUCUCAAAAAUUCACGCUUCCAAAACGCAGGCGAUCUCCGAAACUCCUCCCCCGACCUCACUAUUUCCCGUCCAAAUUCAAUCUCCAUCUCUCUGCUUCUGCUCCUCUCCAAUCCUCUCUCUCCGUCUUCUUCUUCCUUUGCUCGAUCUUCGCCGCCUCACUUACUCACUUUUCCUUUCCGUAUUUCAACUUGUUGACUUCGCGUUCGAUGGCUGACGGCAAGUCCGAUCUACCGGAGGAUCUCCUUUCGUUGAAGCCGUCCGAUCGGUCUUGGACCGGCAAAGUGGAAACUUUGGGAGGACAGGAUGAAAAAGUUGAUGAGCCAAAAGAUCAAAUGACACUAGAGAGCAGCAUCCCGUUGUCUCCUCAGUGGCUCUAUGCUAAACCUUCUGAGACUAAGAUGGAUUCACGUGGUCCACCUUCUGUUUCACUCGGAAACCCCCCUGAUCCCAUUCAGAAGGAGGCUUGGCGCUUGGAUGGAUCUCAAGAGAAAAAAGAUUGGAGGAAAACUGUGACUGAGAAUGAAAGUAACCGCCGCUGGCGUGAAGAGGAAAGAGAAACUGGUUUACUCAGUAGGAGAGAUCGUAGGAAAGGAGAACGACGUGUUGAAAAUGUUUCAAGUAGGGAAACAACUGACAGUAGAGCCAUGUCUUCCUCUGACCGGUGGCAUGAUGGUACCAAUCGCAACCCUGGCCAUGAAUCACGUCGUGAUAACAAAUGGUCUUCUAGGUGGGGUCCUGAAGAGAAGGAGAAGGAAUCUCAUACUUCUGAGAAGAGAACAGACACAGAGAAGGAGAAGGAUGAUGCUCACAGUGAGAAUCAAUCUUCUGUCAGUAGCAACCGUCCGACGUCUGACCGUGACUCAGAUUCUUCUCGUGAUAAGUGGAGGCCAAGACAUAGAUUGGAGGGUCAUUCUGGUGGUUCAACUACCUCCCGUGCUGCGCCUGGGUUUGGACUUGAGAGGGGAAAGCUGGAGAGUCAUAAUCUGGGAUUUACUGCUGGACGAGGGAGGGGAAGAACUUCAUCUGCAAGCCCUAUUGGUGCUGUUCACCCAUUAAAAGAUGAAAGUGUCCCUGGGAAGCCAAAAUUUGCAGCUGCAUCUUUUUGCUAUCCCAGAGGGAAGUUGCUUAACAUUUAUCGUCGGCAAAAGCUUGAUGCUGUUGCUUUUGCUGCCAUUCCUGAUGGGAUGGAGGAAGUACCUCCUAUUACACAAGACCUUAUGGAACCAUUGGCUUUCGUUGCCCCUGAUGCUGAAGAGGAGGGGAUCCUUAAUGAUAUAUGGAAAGGAAAGAUCACCAGCAGUGAGUUAGUGUACAACUCGUUUAGACAGGGAAGAACCAGUGAAAAUGUUUCAGAAUCUGGGGACUCAGAAUCUACUGAGACAAAACAGGGUACCGUCAGCCACAUUCCCACUGGAGAAAAUAUUGAUACCUCACAAGAAGCUGCAGAUGAUGAUACAUUCAAAGCUUACAAUGUUGGUAGCUCAUCAAAUAAUGAAGUGUAUCUGAAUAUGGUAGCUGGGAAAGAGGUUACCAACGAAGAGGAAUUUAAAGCCUCUUCUUUAGCUCUUCAAUACUAUCCAGAUGAUGGUGUUGAGAAUGCUAUUUCUUUUGACAUCAAAGCAAAGCUUCCUGAUGACUCAAAUUCUCUAUUUCUCUUAGCCUCUUCUAAUCAAAAUCACAGUAGAAUUGGGCAGCCCCUGGAGAGCAACAGGGAGGAAAAGAACUUGGGACCAGCACCUGAGGAGUUGACUCUGCUCUACAUUGAUCCUCAGGGGAAUACCCAGGGACCGUUUCUUGGUGCUGACAUCUUGUCGUGGUUCAAGCAAGGUUUCUUUGGGACAGACUUGCUAGUCCGCUUAGCAGAUUCCCCUGAAGGAACACCUUUUCAAGAAUUAGGGAAGAUCAUGCCACAUCUGAGAGUUCAGGACAAGCAUGCUGAUAUUGAUGACCUGAAUUCUAUGUUAGAACAAUCUGGUUCAUUGGGAGGAAACUUGGAGGCUAUGCAUACUCCUGGCUUAAUUGUGAAAAGUGUUGAUCCAUCCACUGAAAAGCUGUUCCAGGCAUCAACUCAGUUCAAUGGCCUCGCAGCUCAGCAUGUGCAGUCGAGAAUUUCUGAGCCUGAGGCCAAAUUGCAACUGCAACUGGCUGAGGGUCAAAGCUUUGAAGAUUUUGUUGCACAAGAUGAAGAAAUUGUGUUUCCAGGAAGAUCUGGAAAUGGUUAUUCAAUUGCAAAAUCUUCUCGAAGCAUUCACAGUCCAAUCAUAAAUUCAAGUAGCCACCUUUCUCUACCAAAUGAGUUGACAAAAACUAGCAUGCCAAAUGAGAAUGACAAUAAGCUGCAUCGUUUUGGUUUAUUGUGGUCUGAACUUGAAGGUGCUCAAACCAGGCAUACCCAGUCUUCCAAUAUGCAUUCUGGGGUAGGGAGGUCUGACCCAUUCAGUGCCAUGGUUGAUCCAGGGAUUGCUGGAGAAACUUGGUCUGACAUCUAUGGAAAACGGACUUUUCCUGACUCCAAUAUUUAUCAAGAUGCAUUGGCUGCAGCACACAUGCCACAUGUGGAACAUGAAUCAAACCAUUUUGACCCAACAGAGCGGCUUAUGUCUCAACAACUUCAACAACAGCAGUUAAACCAGCAAAAUAUGUUCUCUCCUCAUGCACGCCUAAAUGAGUCACUUCUAGAUCAUCUUCCUGGUCAAAGUCUAAUUCACCAGCAACAGUUGUCCAACCAUUCUGUGCCAGAUCUGGAACAUCUUUUGGCGCUUCAGAUGCAACAGCGGCGGCAGCUUCAACUCCAACAACAGCAGUUCCACCAGGAACAAAAGCUUUUACAGGAGCGUCAACAGUCUCAAGUUCAACAAGCUCUUUUUGAGCAGAUUUUGCAUGGUCAAAUGCCCAUCCCUGGCCUUGGGGAGUCACAUGCUGCUCCUAUCAGAUCCGGCAAUGUUCUUGAUCAGGUUAUAUUGGAGCAUCAGCUUUUACAGGAACUACAACAAUCACAUCAUGCCUCCAGGCACUUUGUACCAUCUUUAGAGCAGCUUGUUCAAGCAAAAUUUGGUCAAGCACCACUGGAAGAGAAUCAAAGAGAUCUAUUUGAGCUCAUAUCACAUGCUCAACAUGGACGAGUGCAGUCUUUGGAGCAUCCGUUUCUUCAACAGGAGCAGUUGCAGAGGCAGUUGUCCAUGGGAUUGAAACAGCGUAUUGAAGAGAGGGAUUUAGAUUCCUUGUGGCCAGCAGAUCAAACAAAUCAAUUUCUCAGGAAUUCUGCUGGUAUUAACCGAGUUCACUCGUCAGGAUUUAGCCCAUUGGAUCCCUAUCAACAACAGCAGAGGCCCUCCCAUGAGGAGCAGCUAAGUCACCUUGAACGAAAUCUUUCAUUACAGGAGCAGCUUAGGCAAGGGCUUUAUGAUUCUUCAUCCCCUUUUGAGCGCUCAACGUCUUUGCCUGUUGGUGCAACAGGUAUUAAUAUGAAUGUGGUGAAUGCCAUGGCUCAUGCCAGAGGUUUAGAUGUAGAUGAACCAAGCAUACGUUUGCAAUCUGCAGGUCAGGUUGGCACAUUCUCUUCUGACCUUCGUUCUCAUAAUCCUCACCAUCUAGUACCUAAUCAGUACAGUGCUUCACAACAUGCAAUUGAAGGUCACUGGGUUGAGAGCAAUGGGCAGAUGGGAAAUGACUGGAUUGAAUCUCAAAUUCAGCAAUUGCAUAUCAAUGCUGAUCAGCAAACAAGGGAUAUGGGGGUCAAAAUGCCUUCUGCAAAUUCCAGCUCAUGGAUGUCUGAUGGUCUAAGUGAUGACAAGUCCAGGCAACUGUUGAUGGAAUUGCUCCAUCAAAAAUCAGGAAAUCAAACUACCGAGUCCUUGGAAAGGGCUCCAUCUAGAAUCUACUCUGGAUCAAAUUCUUUGGAUCAUCCACUCAGUCUUCUUUCAGAACAAGAAGCUGGUCUAAACAACUCAAUUCCAAUAGGUUCUUAUGGUUCAAGUUCAUCUGAACCGCGGCACAUUUAUUUGGCUGAUGAGCCCACUGGCUGUUUAGAAAGUGAUGAAAGAUUGCAGCUUAGACCGGGAUCUGGAGUUAUAUCUGAAGGAGAGAGGUUCUUGUCUCUCAUUAGUGACAAAAGCCAGGGCAUGAUGAAGGGGUCAGCAUUUGAGGUACAUGAUGGCUCAAUCAAGCAAGGGGGGCUGACUUCUAUAGGUGAAAGGGACAUUCCACUUAGUAGGCAUUCUUCAAUUGGUUCUGCUGGUGGAAAUGCAAGUGCUUACAGUGACCAGAUUGGAUUUCUAAAUUCAUAUGUUGAAGAUGUUGCCAAGGAUCGAGUGCAAGUCCCAGCUAAAUCUCAAGACAAUAUGUUGCUUAGACGGCCACCUGUCCAUGCUCCUCCUUCACAGGAAGGAUUGUUGGAUUUUGUUUCUGAUCAAGCUAGUAGGGGAAAGAAUUCCAUAAGUGGUGAUGAUGGAGGAAAACGAGAUACGGGGGGAAAUAUAGACCAGGGUUCAGACACCAUGGCAAAGAAAGAGAUUCGAUUUCGGCGUACAUCAUCCUUUGGUGAGGGCGAUGUGUCAGAAGCAUCAUUUAUUGACAUGCUGAAAAGCAAUUCAAAGAAAUCUUCUGCACCAGAGGCCCAUGCGACAACUGGGGCUGACACUUCGGAUGGGACGCAAGGAGGGCGGACUGGUAAAAAGAAAGGAAAGAAAGGCAGGCAAAUUGACCCUGCUCUUCUCGGUUUUAAAGUCACCAGCAAUCGCAUAUUGAUGGGCGAAAUACAACGUGUAGAGGAUUAGGCCAUUUUGUUUUGUAAUUUUUUGUACGAUAUUUUCCCUGAUGAGCUGUAUAGGUGCAAGCUUCUUAGUGUAAAGCUUUUUGCUGAUUAAAAUUCUUUGAUUUUUUUUUCUUCAUUUAGGUAAGCUUAGUGAGAGAUGAUGAUACGGUGAUGGUUUAAGUGCCCGGUGGAGAAAAAUUCAAUAGUCGGCCGGGCAGGGCAGGGCAGGGCAGGGAGAGGGUAUAGUUCUGUACAGACUAACAAAGGAAAAUUCAAAAU